AUGAAGAAGGGAAAGCAGGUUGAUGACAAUGAGCCACCCAGUUAUCAGGAGGCGACUGCAGGCUAUGACGACAUGCAGGCCCAGUUUGCCUGGGAUGACAAGACCAUCAGGCGGACCUUCAUCAGGAAGGUCUAUGCCAUUCUUAUGGUCCAACUAUUGGUGACUCUAGGAAUUAUUGCUCUCUUCACAUUUUGUGCACCUGUGAGGUUUUACAUUCAGACUCAUCCCGGCUUGUACAUGAUAUCUUAUCUGAUGUUCUUCGCCACCUACAUUGCACUGUCUUGCUGUGGGGAUUUGAGACGGCAGUUUCCCUGGAACAUAAUUUUAUUAGUUCUCUUCACUUUGAGUAUGGCUUUCAUGAUGGGAUUUGUGUCAAGCUUUUACAAUACAAAGUCAGUGGUUCUGUGUGUGGGAAUCACUGCUAUGGUAUGUUUCUGUGUCACCAUCUUCAGCUUCCAGAGCAAAAUUGAUGUCCCAUCCUGUCAGGGUGUCCUGUUUUCUUUGUGUAUGGUCAUGCUUCUCUGUGCCAUCACCAUGUCCAUUGUCGUCCCCUUUGGAUAUGUUCCCUGGUUACACGCCCUUUAUGCUGUGAUGGGAGCCAUACUCUUUACUCUGUUCCUGGCAUUUGACACUCAGAUGUUGUUAGGAAACAAGCGCUUUACCAUAAGUCCAGAGGAAUAUGUCUUUGCCACACUCAGCAUCUACCUGGACAUUAUUUACCUGUUCAGCUUCCUGCUACAGAUCAUGGGAGGUGGCCGCGACUGA